CACAGAUUCAUUCAUUCAUUCAUCCACUGGCCUUCACAUUCACCAUUGUCACCGCUCCCUCUUUCUUCCCCUUGAAGCUCAACACCCAACAAGAUGAAGGCUGUCAGCAUUGUGCUCAUCGCGGUUGCUGUGAUGGCUGCGACAUGCCUGCUGUCCACUGCUGCCGCUCCCGUCACCAUGCACCUGCACAAGCAGGCCGUUCCCAUGCCCAUGCAUCUCCACAACAGCAACGCCACGAUCGGCCCGCAGCCCAACUGCCCUGGGUGGACCAUGUUCAAGCAGUGUGAUUCCCGCUGGGGCGGCGAUCGCCUUGGCACGUCUCCAAGUGACACAAUCUGCACUGCUGGUUGCGCCAUGUCCUCCGUCGCCAUGCUGCUACACACGCGAGGCCUCGGCCUGGAUCCUGGUUCGCUGAACAACUGGCUUAUCAACAACGGCGGCUACGAAAGCGGUGACCUCAUCCUGUGGGGCUCCGUGGACAAGCUUGGCAAGACGAGCUUCCAAGGCCUGGAAAAGCCCGCUCUGAGCGACGUCAUCAGCGGCAUUCAGGCGGUGAGGUUUAAGUGCCAUGGCAUCAUCGCUAACGUCCGCGGAGGAUCGCACUGGGUCCUUCUCACAGGCUUUGCCGGUGGAAGCACGUUCAACGUCAACGAUCCAUACUACUCCACCUCCCAGUACACCUAUGCGGACAUGCUUCGCUUGGCCGUGUACCACUGAGACUGCAAACGUGCGCAGCGUCAGUCCUGUGGUGCUGUGAUGCACCAACUCGUCGUUUUCCCUCACUUGCGCUUUGCCUGUUUCGCGGCGCAGACCCAG